AAAAGGAUUUUCUACUUUAAAUAGCAAAAUUAUGGAAACAACUGAUUCAUGAAGAACAAUGAAAACUGAAUUUCCAAAAGGAGAAUGUGCAUACUUCACCAGAAAGCUAAAUGAAGCUGUAUCAGGUUUUCUGCACUACAAAUUAAGUUAUUCAUAGCAAUUGUCACAAUGACUAAUGGUUAUUUUUUCUCUGAAUUUCAUGAUCUGUUAUAUAUCCUUCUUUAAUGAAAAUAAACCAAAUUAAAAAGCAGAUGGUUUUUAUCAAAAGCUCAUGAAGUAGAUUUUAUAUUAUAAAGAAAUUUAUGUAAUCAAGACAUUAAUCCAAGUAAUAAAAGUACUAUAGAAGCAAAUGUCCAGUUGUAACAACAAAAGGAUGUCUAAAUACAUUUCUGAAGCUAGAAAUCCAAUGCCUCUAUUUUUAUUUUCACUUAUAUUGGAAAAUAAAAAUACACAGCCACUUAGUCCUCAAAAGGGCAAUAUAAUUAAUAUUACUUAAGAAGUUUCUUGUUUUUAUUGUUAGUAGUUUUUAAAAGCAAAAGAAAUGCAAAUAAUAUGUACUAGUCAUUAGAAAUCUAUCAGCCGGCUAAAUUUCACUUUUAAACACAAACAUUGCUGCUGAAGUGCUGGAACAAAAAUUAAUGAAAUAGUCUACAAGGCAAUAAAUAGAACAUUGGUACUCCAAUGCAUGUCAAAAAUCUGUCAAUGACAUCAUGUAUCAAUUUUUGAAAAACUGCCAUAGUGAGCUGCAAGAUCCCUGAGGCAACAGAAAACAGGAAAAAAAACAACUGCUCCAAAAGAAUGUGUUUCUCUCCCGUUCCGGAAACCAACAUGCAGUCUGAAUCUAACAUUACAGUCCGAGAUGACAUUGAUGACAUCAACACCAAUAUGUACCCAUCAUCAUCAUAUCCAUUAAGCUUUCAAGUAUCUCUCACUGGAUUUCUCAUGUUAGAAAUUGUAUUGGGACUUGGCAGCAAUCUCACAGUAUUGGUACUUUACUGCAUGAAAUCCAACUUAAUCAACUCUGUCAGUAACAUUAUUACAAUGAAUCUUCAUGUACUUGAUGUAAUUAUUUGUGUAGGAUGUAUUCCUCUAACUAUAGUGAUUCUUCUGCUUUCACUGGAGAGUAAUACUGCUCUCAUCUGUUGCUUCCAUGAGGCUUGUGUAUCCUUUGCAAGUGUCUCAACUGCAAUCAACGUUUUUGCAAUCACUUUGGACCGAUAUGAUAUCUCUGUAAAACCUGCAAACCGAAUUCUGACAAUGGGAAGAGCUGUCAUGUUAAUGACAUCCAUAUGGAUUGUCUCAUUUUUCUCUUUCCUGAUUCCUUUUAUUGAGGUCAAUUUUUUCAGUCUUCAAAGUGAAAACAGAUGGAAAAAUAAGACACUUCUCUGUGUCAGUAGAAAUGAAUACCACACUGAACUGGGGAUGUACUAUCACCUGCUAGUACAGAUUCCAAUCUUCUUUUUCACUGUUAUAGUAAUGCUAAUUACCUACACCAAAAUACUUCAAGCCCUAAAUAUUCGAAUAGGCACAAGAUUUUCAACAGGGCAAAAGAAGAAAGCAAGAAAGAAAAAGACAAUUUCUCUGACCACACAGCAUGAGACUACUGAUGUAUCCCAAAGCAGUGGCGGGAGAAAUGUAGUUUUUGGUGUAAGAACUUCUGUUUCAGUUAUAAUUGCUCUCCGACGAGCCGUGAAGAGACACCGAGAACGACGGGAGAGGCAAAAGAGGGUCUUCAGAAUGUCUCUCUUGAUUAUUUCAACAUUUCUUCUCUGCUGGACACCAAUUUCUGUUUUAAAUACCACCAUUUUAUGUUUGGGCCCAAGUGACCUUCUGGUAAAACUAAGAUUGUGUUUUCUAGUUAUGGCCUAUGGAACAACCAUAUUUCACCCUCUAUUAUACGCAUUUACUAGACAAAAAUUUCAAAAAGUCUUAAAAAGUAAAAUGAAAAAGCGAGUUGUUUCAAUUGUGGAAGCAGAUCCUAUGCCUAAUAAUGCUGUAAUACACAAUUCUUGGAUAGAUCCAAAAAGGAAUAAAACAAUUACUUUUGAAGACAGUGAAAUAAGAGAAAAAUGUUUAGUACCACAGGUUGUUACAGACUAAGCAAAAAAACAAGUUUGCACCAAAUCCCCAAUCCCAAAAAUUUUGUUUUGUUUUGUUUUGUUUUUAACUGUAAAAAACAUGACUGCCAAAUAGGGGGGAAAAUUUUAAGGUAUUGGUUAUACUGUAAAAUUUCAAUAUUAAAUGUUAAAUAGAUUAGGUCUUAUAUAUUCAAUUUCUUCAUUAUUUAAUGUAUAUGUUGCAUGGCAGUUUGUUAAAGUAACUUCAUUGUGUAUAUUUUGUCAUUAUUCUGUCCACUAGAAAAUAUUCAUGUAAGUCAUAUUUUCUAAAAAAUUAAAAUAAAUGAAUAGCCUUAAAACAGUAUAUACUUUUAAAAUUCAAUCAAAA